AUGGGAAUAUUGUACAUUUUUGUUAUAUUCAUACAUGUACAAGCUGUGAUCGGGCAUGGUGAAAAAAGAAUCCUGCUUAAUGAUCCAGACGUGCUUUUGUCCCAGAUCCAUGACCUUGAGAGAAAGUAUCAGGACGUAUUAUCAAAGUAUUCUGAUUUAUCCAGAAAGUUCUCUGGUUUAGCAACGCAGUAUUCCGAUAUAUCAACAAAGUAUACAGAACUUGUGGCAAAAACAACUGAUUUUGGAGUGUUUGUACGAUGGGGGCGAAAGGACUGUCCUUCUGAAAACAACACUGAACUUGUUUACUCCGGAUUUGCCGGUGGAUCUUGGUAUGCUCAUUCUGGUGCUGCAGCUGAAUUUGUUUGUCUACCACCUGAUCCUAACUUGACCACCAAAUUCACCACAUCUAAUGCUUUCAUGCAUGGUGCAGAAUACGAUUCGACUGACUUUGGACAUAAUAAUGGCGAUGAUUUGCCUUGUGUCGUUUGUAGAAGGACUACACAAUCAAGCGUGUUGAUGAUACCAGGAAUGAACAACUGUUACACAGGAUGGACCGAGCAAUAUCGUGGUUACCUUGCAGCUGGACAGUAUAAUGAUGCAGCUGCUACGCAGUAUAUAUGUCUGGAUGAACACUCUGAUGCUCUUCAAGCGGGAGAACGUAAUGACAAUGGGAAAUUCGUCCAUCCCGUAAAAGCGGUGUGUGGAGCACUGGCAUGCCCCCCAUACCACAACAACACUUACCUAUCAUUUGUUGUGUGUACAAAGUAA